CUUUGCCUCCUCUCCUGCACAGGAGGGGGAGAGGAAGGAGGCAGCAGCGUGGUGCUGGAGAGCCCCAAGGAGACUAUCAAAUGGCAGAUCUCAGGCAGAGGGAAGCGCUCUAGCAUACAGAAAACAUGGAAAAAGCUGAGAGGCUGAGGCCAGCCCAGUCCUUCCCUUCCCUGUGCCAUUCUCCAAGGAGCAACCCAGAGCUCAGGACAGUUCUCCUGAGGAAAGCUGUGUCUGUCUCAGAGCUGGUUGCCAGGUACCAGCGCAUCCUGAACGGUGAAAAAAACAUGACCAAGCAAGAACAUGGCAAGCUCAUGGAAGCAAGAUAUCCAUCACAGAACAAUGCCAUUCCAGUGGGGAAAAACUGCGCCUUACCUCGAAGUCAUCCCUGUGAUAUGUGCCCAAGCAAGCCCAAGGAGGGUGUUCCCAUCUCUAAGACUGGUGCUCCAGCAAGGAAUUUCAGAGGACUCCUGAGCAGCUGUGACAGCCCUAAAACCACCCCACACUGUGCUGCACUGGAGGCACCAUCUCCCAAAGGCCCUUUGAGGAGGAGGGAGGCUGAUCACACCAGCAUCCUGACCACAAUCCAGCCCCUGAGCCUGGAGAGCAAAGCCCACAGAGACCCAGCCUUCCUUUCCCCUCUCCAGAGCAUCCAGAGGAAGGCACAAUGGAGCCCUGCCACCACCACAGGGAAGGAGUCUGCUGCAAAGGAAGGGAAGCAGUCCCGGGGCAGGCAGGGGAUCAUCUCCUCGGUGCCGGAUACAGCUGAUGACUCAGCCACGAGCAGAAGCUAUGAUCGGGCACGGUCAUUUUUAGACCCAUCAGGCAGCACCAGCCACACACUUCAGCAAGGACGAGGGAGGUCCUCUGCGCCCUCCGUGAAGGAGCUGUCGGCUCUGUAUCUCUCGCAGACAGCUGCUGCUGCUGCCAGCCCCGCACAGCCGAGUACUGUGAAGGACAACUCCAUUCACUCUCCCCACAGACAGAAAAAAAGCAAGCCCAUGUUGAAAGAAAUGUGUGCCUCCUGCCUGAAGCCUGUCUACCCCAUGGAGCGUGUGGUCACUGACAAGGUCUGUGUGCACCGCUCGUGUUUCUGCUGUCGGGCCUGCGGGAGGAAGCUGAGCUUGCAAAACUAUGCUGCCCUCCACGGGGUGUUCUACUGCCAAGUCCACUACAAGCUGAUGGCUGGGGCUGGAAGCAGAAGUGAGAUGGAAAGGCUGGAGCACCACCAGGUUCAGCAUGGACAGCCCCAGGACUGGUGUAACACGGCCAAAAGGACUGAAGCAAGAGAGAAACCCACAUCCUUCAAUGCUCAGUGUGAUCUGCAGCUGGCUGAGCACAGGAACAGCAGGGCUGUCCUCCUGGGGAACAAGCUCAGAGCAGUCUGGCCACCUUCAGAGCCAGCCUUGGCUGCAGAUGGGAAAGCUGGAAAUGGAGUGUGUUCCUGGAAAAAGCCUGCACUGAGCCUGCAAUCCCACAAGGGUGCAGGCAGCAUAGAGCUCAGGGGCCAGGAGGGAGCAGUGGAGAAGGGAAGAUUCCUACCUGGAAUCACCUACACCAAGGAAAGACAGCAGGCGUGUUCCUGGCCCAAGAACGGAGAGCAGAGAGGCCCUGAAGAGGCUGGGGAUGUGCCUGAAGGGAAGAGGGGUGGGGAAGUGUCCCAGAGAGUGGCUGCAAUCCAGCAGGGCCAAGCCCAGAAGAAGACAGGACCUGCCUGUGCCCCCCUCCCUCCCGUCCUGGAGCCUGUGAAGCCCCUGCCUCGUGCCUCACUUGCUCCCCACCCCACACACCAAAGCACCAAACCCACCCCCAGGAUGUACCUGGGGGGCACAGGGGGCUGCACUCUCCCUGCCACAGAGGUCCCAGUGACACAAAACAAGGUCUGUGGGUCACUGAGCACACCCAGCAAAGGAGGCACAAUCACAGGUGACAAGCCUGAGCUAAUCACAGCCACCCCAGAUACUGCAGGGGCCAAGCAUCACCUUGGAGAGGGAAUGAACAGCACACAGGCCAUUCAUGUGCCAGGAGAGCCCAAAACCAGAAACACCACAAGUACAGAGCUAAAACAUACAGCUGAGGAUGUUGAUCCCCCUGAAGAUGAAGCUGAACAAGCCCACUCCCCCCAUGGAGUGUUAAGGACCUCUCCUGUAUCUUCUGGCUCCCUGGAGCCAGCAGGGCUGGGUGUGUCACCUGAGAUCACUGAAAUGUUGAAUGAGAAAUCAAAGGCAAGCACCAGAGAAUUCCCUGGCAAACAGAUGCCAUUAACUUUGGGGGAAGCUAUGCAGCCACCCAGCAGCAGUGAUUUGCCUGGAAUUGAGAGCAAAGGGGCAGAAUUUGAGAAGACAAAAGAAGAGAAACCAGUAACUAUGACAGUUUCUCUGGAAGAGCCCAGUCCUGAGCAUGCACCUCAGGACAAUGAAGCUGAAAAGAGCAGAGUCUCUUCAGCUGGUUGUCCAGACAGCACAGGUGAUCACAAUGUGUCCUCUUUACAAGAAACAGAACCUCAGGACACAUGUGGCCCACUGAAAAGUGACACCCAUGAGGGUAUUUGGAGACAUGAUACUAAAUCAUCUGGCAAGGAUUUUCUAGUAUCAACUGACACACCUCUGAAAGGAACUUGUGCCCCUUGCCCCUCACAUGAUGAAGUCAACAAGGCCAAGUCAAAGGAAUCCAGGGAAGUUCUUAGUGAAAACACUUUGCACAUUUCUGAACAACCAGUCAAGACAUCAGAAUAUUCCAAACCAAAUACAUCCUUGGAAAAAUGCAGAGGCCAUCCAGUAGGUGAAGAAAAAGAUAUGAAACUUCCAGGGGAAAGCACUGGGCCUAUGUCACAGACCAGGGCCCAGAGCAAGGAGGCCAGAAGCAGCCAGGCCUGUAGGGAGACACCAGGUAAAGCUUUCAGGCUUGGGAAAAACCCCUUUGUUACCCUUUUUGGCUCUGAAGGCAAAGGCAGAGCUCCCAGGAAAGAAGAAACAACCCAGAGGAAACCCACAAAACCCCAAUCAGCCCUUGCCACUUUGUUUGGUCACUCCUCAGAGAAGAAGCAGAGUGCGCCAGAAAAACCUGCAGGAUCCUCAGAACAAGCAAAUACUGAUGGCAGGACAGAAAAGGCCCAGGGCCUCCUCAGCUCCUGCAGCCAAGAAAAGCAAAAUUCCUCCAAGAAUGAUCAGCUGCCACAGCCUGGAAAGGUGAAGGUGUUCCCUAAACACAUCCAGGAGAGCUCUGGAGGAUUCUCAGGCCCUGCUGAUGGCAAGGAGACUGAUAUCCUGUUGUCAGCUCCCAGCACAGCCAUGUCACAUGAUGAUAAAAGUGAGAGAACUGAACUUGACAUUCAUUACCGAGAGUCUUUAAAUAGUCAGGUUUGGCAGCAACACGACAGCUGUUGGCCCCCUCUCAUGCCAGCACAGAAAAGUCAGAAAGAAUCUGCAGGAAACUCAAAUCAUGGAACAAACCCUCCACAGCUUCCUCCAGAGCUUGUGUCUGCAGCAGACAACAGCAAAAAUCUCACCAGGGAGGGGAAUCAACAUGAUGCUCAUCUGCCAGGAACCCAGAACCUGCUGAGCUUGGAUGUCCAGGACACAGGGGCACAGGAUGGGAUAUUUUUUUCACUAGGCAAUUCAGAAGAGUUACCCAAGGAUGCUCAGCUUCUGUUUGGCAACAUGGAUUUUCUGGGGGGAAGUCACUUGUUCUUUUCUAGACAACAAGAUUUCCCCAGUGGAGCAAAUGAAACUCCAAAUUCAGAUUCACAAAACGCAGAGGCAGAAAUUCUGCCUUUCUUUGAUCCAAAUCCUUCUGAUUUUUUCCAGGAAAUCUCAUCAGAAACAAACACCUCACUAGAACUCUGGGACACCUCCAGCCUCUCGCUUCUUGAUGGGCAAGAUGAGAUUAAUAUGAGAGACCUGGAAGGGAUUCAGGGCUGUGAACUCCUGCUGCAGGUGGAUCCACAACGCCAGGCUCCAAAGGCAGCAGAAGAAAUGUUUGGAAUGGGUCUCAGUGCUGAAGGCUCCACAAAAAACCAUCUCCCUACACAGGAUGACAACUGUCCCUUAACACACACGUUCAGCAGCUGUGCUUCUGAAACCUCUAAUCAUGAUGUCCUUCAUCAUUUUCAUGUUGAUUCCACCAAAACAGGCCAGGAGGCUUCUGAAAAAAGGGACAGGAGCAGAAAAACAUCAGGAGACAAAGAAGAUUAUGACAGUCUGUCUUCUGAAGACUUGGAGAUGUUAAAUUAUGACCUUUCAGAGAAGGAGUUCUUUAUAUAGGUGAAAAAAAAACCAAAACAACCAAAUAUAGGGAGGGCUGUGUGGUAUUUUAAACUUUUUAAAAUCAGCACAAGUUUGCUGAUAUGGGACCAAAAGCGAUUCUUGAAAUCAGCUGUAUAAUGAUAAGCAAAGAAAAGUAAAAUGAGUUUGCCAAGGUCAGAAGGGCAGAGGAGGGAAAUGAACCCUGCUGUCUUGAAGUCUUGGGGUGUGGGGACAUUGCUAAAUCUGCUCUCCCUGUGCCACUGCACUCUGCUCCUCCCUGAGUGCCUUUGGCAUAAAUAUUACAUAACAUAAAUGCUAUAGGAGUUAACAAUUAUACUCAUGAUAAACAAACUCAAGAGAAACACCAGAGGGUCAAAGCAUGAACACGUGCACUCUGAGAAGGGUCAUAGAGCAUAUCAAUUCACAUGUUUUAAUCAGCUGUCUGUAAAAAAAAAGAUAAAGUUGUUAAAAUGAUUAAUUUUUGAAACAGAACAAAAUGAAAUGAAAUUAAAUUAAAUAAAAAUAAAAUAAAAUUAAAAAAAAUAAAAUAAAAUAAAAUAAAAUAAAAUAAAAUAAAAUAAAAUAAAAUAAAAUAAAAUAAAAUAAAAUAAAAUAAAAUAAAAUACACCAACAAUCUCCCUGCCUCACAAGAGCCAAAAUCACCUUGACUCUCUCAGAUCUGCUGGAGGAAUAAAGCUGUUUAAUGACUGCA